AUGAGCAAACGACCUGUGUCCUCUUCCGGCGCCGACCAUUCCGAGAAGACCCGAGCUGCAAAGCGACAGAAAGUUGAGGUCUCAAACGAGCAUGCGACCAGAGCAGAGGAGAUUCAUUCGGCGCCACAGCUCCAGCAAUUGCUGGUCUUUCAGCAGGACGCGGUACCUCGACUAAGAAGUGGUAUCCAGGCUUUCAAGACAUUCCUCGAAUCUAUCCUCUACCCCACAGACGAGGGCGAAGUACCACGCCGACGAGCCAUACUGCGAGACUUUCUGGAGUUGCAAGCCAACUCCAGCGGAGGCGAUGAGACGAGUCUUCCAAGCCUGAUCCAAGCUUGGAGUUUUGCAGCUCAAUCCAAUAAUGAUUACCUUACGUCCUCCAUAACCGCCCUUCUGGCGCUGCUACUGAAGACUAUUUCUACACAGUUGGAACUUCGAGAUUACGGCCUGAACAUCGGCAAGACUGUUCUACAAACACCUCAAGCUAAGCUCAUAGCUAGGAGCCUUUCGGCGCCCAAGCACAAAGAGCAUGUAAUAUCGCCGGCUCUCCGCCUCCUGACCGAGGUUGUAUUGUUUGAUGGAGGCACAUUGGCCAGACAAGUUUAUUCCAAGCGAGACUUCACCUUUGAUGUCAAGAUAGUCGCCAGGAAUCUAAGUAUCGGAAGGGCUUCUAUGGACGAAGGUCCGGAAGACAGGAGAAAACCCUCUGUGAGAUCCAAUACGGUUCGCUAUCUCUUAGCCGAUCUGAAGUAUCAGGACGGAGGGGCAAAAGUCGAUAUACUCAAGCAAGGCAUUGUGUUGCGGGCGUUGUUUGACCGCAUCCGUGACGAUCCUCCCCAGCUCGCUACGGACAUUCUGCGCACUGUCCGAACACAUGUCGUUCAGGACAAUCACGUUCCGAGGUCACACAAAAGCUAUCUGCUUACGGAUCGCACAUUGAGCAACAUAGCGGCCCUCUACCGCGUCGAUGAACCUGAUGAUCAAGUUGUCGAUGGUCACGUUCCAAUAUCCGUAACGACACACGAAUUCCUGCUCUUCGUAUGUACAUCACCAGAAGCGGGAUUGUUGAAUCCUUCAUCGGGCUGGUAUCCACCGGGGACCGGAAAGCAGGACCUCGAUGGGGACUCUAUUGAGGAAGAUCAGACUGGUAUUGAUCUCGGACUUGACUCGAUAGACUGGUAUGCCAGGUACAACGGGAAAGUACCCAUAAAAAACACGACGCUUGCGUCCUUCGCUCAAGCGCUUCGACCUUACUCGAAUCAACUUGAGCAGAAGCUGCUGCUAUCGAUCUUCGACGCGGCUCCAGAGUUAGUAGCUGACUACUUCUUCAAGAAGAACUUCCCCUUCGACCCCAAGCUCACAUCUACCUGGAUCGGAUACUCGUCGUUCCUCUUCUCUACCAUUCAACUCCCCGUGCCGCCGUACUUCGGGCGAAAGCAAGACUAUGGCGAUGUUCCUCCGCCCAUAGCAAUCGCUAUCGAAAGCAUCUUGCCGCGCCCGUUGAACCAGAAAGUGCUCACUAGAUGCUUGAAUCAGAACUCGGAGCUGAUCACCUUCUUCGCCAUACGCUUAGUGACCGUUGCAUUUCAAAAACUACAGCAAAUCUUAGCCCUGUGGAAGCGCGCAUCUACCAAGCGACCGUUGCUCUGGGAGCAGGCAUCAACAAGACUCAUUUCUGAAUUCUGCAAACGAUGUCCCAGAAUGAAGGAUGGAAUAUCCGCCUAUCGGCGUAUCCCGGUGGAUAAGCUCAUGGAGCGGGAAGCUGCGGCAAGAAUGCUGGCUAUGUACUACGAGAUCACGCCAGAGCUAGCACUGGACGAGAAGUUUGACGUCUCUGUAUCAUUAGCCACCGCAUUGUCCAAGACCGAGCAAGCUGCAGAGAAUGACGGUGAGAAUAGCAUCGGAUUACUUGAGCUAUCUCACUUGGUGACUAUUGCGCGCCACUCUCCGAGCAUGCGCUGGUGGAACAAGCCAGAGUCCCUCCCCUUCUCGCCUUUCACGUCACUGCUCAAGCUUGUGUGCUCUGUCGCUCCCGGUACGGCUUCGUCGUCCAUUCGGCAGUUGAUCACUUCCAUCGUCCGCGAACAGGAGAUAGUACUCACCGAAGGAAAGCCAUCCUCGCUGGACGCUCUUCUAGCAAGCUUGCAGAAGUCAAAAGCCUGGACGCCUACAGACGCAAUCUUCUCCUUUCUCGAUGAUUGCUUGAACCGCUACGUCCGUAGACCAAUCAAGUAUCAAGACGACUUGGAAGCUGUCAUCAACCUGGAUCCUAGAGUUGCGCAAGGCCUUGAGCCAGGGACGAUUAGUCCAUUACUGAUGACGAUGGUAGAACAGUGGGAAUUUGUUGCAACUAUCGAUUUCGACAGAGCGUCUGAAGUCGGGAUCUGGAUCGCCAGGCUGUUCAGACGGCUGAGAUGUACUUCAGCCUAUGCGGAAAGAGAACAAGUCGAAUUACUUCUUGGCGAGCUCGUCGAAACAGCAAAGGUCGUGAUUGACGACGCGCCGCUGCCCUAUAUCGCCGGCGCCUUCGCUGUACAUGGGUUAAGGGUCGUUGCGGAUCCAGCGCAUGUUAUGUAUCCGAAGAUCAACAAGUUCCUGAACAGAGGACCAUCGUGGAAUGUCGGCAGGCUACCCUCUUACUGGACUGAGAAGGUAAUACUGAAUCCGCCUGACGAGGACGACGCAUAUUACAAGGAGAUGGACUGGCUCCUGGCUUUUCUCCACGACGGGCUCCGGACGAAAGAGGACAUGGACAUCUUCCGGGCUCGCAAUGUUUUUGAGCGUAUUCUGGCCCUGUGCGCCUCGCCGUUCAUCCAGCGAAAGCUCAAAGAAAGGGUACUGAGGCUCCUUUUUCGCGCAGCUGCUGUAGGUGGCAGCACGACGCUGCUGACUAGAUCAGGGCUUAUCAGCUGGGUACAGUCUCAGCUGGCGCUUGGAAGCUUUGACGAGAAGAGGUUGAGAAGUUUGGCGUCACGGCUGUACGAGACGGCUGAGCAUGAAAGGGCUAUUGAGUGGAGUAGCGGUGCGCUGAAGGGCGCGGUCGAGGCGUUGGCAGCAGCUUGA